AGAGAUACCAACACCACCUAUAAUUGGCUAACGGAACAACCUAUUACCGCCGAAAUUCGCGACUCCCGAAAAGUUGAGCUAAGCACCUAGGCUCCUCGAGCGCUUCAAUUGAAAGUAGACUGCGAUUCGAUGUAGUUUCAGGUCAACUGCCAUAGACGCCAUGACUCUCAAAAUCCGUCUUGCACGCUUCGGGCGUCGCAAUGCGCCAUUUUACAACAUUGUAGUUGCACAUGCUAGAACGGCACGAAACAGCAAACCCCUCGAAGUCAUAGGAACGUACGACCCGAAGCCAAGAGCAGAUGCCUACGAUGACUCAGGUCGUCUGCACAAGGAAAUCAACCUUGAUUCUAUACGCGCCAAGUACUGGAUCGGUGUAGGUGCGCAGCCUACAGACUCGAUGUGGCGGUUAUUGUCUAUGGUUGGCAUCAUGGAACCGAAAUACCGAGACACGAAACCACGAAAGCCCCUCGAGUUGCCCCCGGAUGCUAAGGAGUUUGCAACGAACAUAUGAUGGGGGAAGGAGGUUGAUGUAUUAUACCCCCGUGACAAGCAUAGAGGGCGUUUUGGCAUGGUCAAGGUAAAUGAGAUCGAGUGUAUCAUACGGGAAUGAACGAUUUGAGCAGUUCGGGAUAUACAGAUCACGCAUGUAAGCCUCAUGCUAUGCCACACGAAUAGAGACACAUGCCUCAUUGGUGGGCAUCUAGGGUCCGAUGGCUCUCUGCAUUGGGGUGCAAUCGCCGGCUGUGUUAAUGGCUGACUUUCGAUCACGACUCCUAUGUACUUAGACCUGCAUUGCAUCUUCGAUUUGGAACCACAAGCGGCAAAGUACAGAAGUUUCACACUCGCUUCAUUUGUUAUGAGAAUCGAACAGCACUGAUGUGUGCUUGAUCACUGCAAAGCGUAGCAAAACACAAUAGACAUU